UCCACGAAUUUUUAUUUUACUUUUAUUCAAAUUAUGAAUUAUCUUUCGAGGUUAGGGUCAGUUAUACGUGCACAUAGAACUGUAGAAUUUAUACCAGCAGGUAUAGGAUUAUCUAAAUUUAGAUUAUUUCGAUGCUACGCUACAGAAAAAGAAAAGGGGUUAACUCAAAGUCAAGAGAGAGCUGAUAUAUCAACAGAUGUACGACCACUUGGAGAGAAAAUUAAAGAGACAACUAAAACUGUUUCUUAUACUGGUAUAAUUUUAGUCGGCGUCGGAGUAACUGGAAUUAUAUUUUACUAUGUAUUCCGGGAAUUAUUCUCAAGUAAUAGUCCGAAUAGCAUUUAUUCAGUAGCUCUGGAGAAGUGUAAAAAUGAUCCCAGAAUAGAAGAAGCACUUGGUUCUCCUAUAAAGGGUUAUGGUGAAGAAACUACUAGGAGACGAAGAACACAUGUCAGUCAUGCUAUAUAUGAGAAAGACGGCAUCAAGCAUAUGAGGAUGCGGUUCUACAUAAAGGGAAUAAGAAACAAAGGAGUUGUUGAAUUGGAUAUGAAGCAGAAUGAAUAUGGAAAUUAUCUAUGUAGAUAUUUACUGGUCCAACUUGAUGAUUACAGUGGGAAAACCUUUGUUAUAGAAGAUAAUCGUGCAGAGUUAGAUCAAGUAAAAUCAGAAUUUGGAAGUGUUCUACCAACAUUAAAUCUUACACAAUAAUCUUAAGGAUAAAAUGUGGAUAAUGAAAAGGAGUGUAGAAAAAUGUGUAUUAUUUAAGUUAUACAUAUUAUGUAAAUAAAAUAAACCAAUGAUUGUG